AUGACACAAAAAUUAUCUUUGAGUGAAAAGUUCGAGAUUAAGGCUUUCUUAGAAAUUGGUUGGAAACAAAAAGAAAUUGCAAAAAAGUUUUUGAUAAGCCAAUCGACAGUUUUGAAAAAAAAAAUUAAUGAAACAGGACAAUUGGAAAGAAAAUCGGGUUCUGGUAGGCCUUCAUUAAUUAAUAGUAAUGAUAUAUCUUAUUUGAAAAAAUAA